AUGCUCAAUCAUGGAUUGAAUUCCACACUUUAGAAUUAGAAAACAGUGAAGAAAGACUUGCUGGAUAACAAGCAUGGUAUGCUGUUUAAUCCUAAAUCUAUGAAACUUAAACUGCUGAAAGGUUAGUUACAUUCUUAUUCAUAGACAAGCCCAAUAAGAUAUUGUUGACAGACUCUAAGAACACAUUAGUGAAAAAUUGUCAACUACAGCACAAUUUAUUGCAAGCAGAAACUGA